AAUCUUCCGCAAACACUGCACCGGUACUCUAGCAAAACCAACCAACACGAAAAUAGAGUCAACAAGGGACUUCUACAGCUGAAUUGAACAACCCGACGAAGGAAGAAUCGAGUGAAUUAAAUGGCAGAGAACAAGGAAUCGACGUCGAGUUCACUGAGUCAAGGACUGACUCGUCAUGACUCGGAUCCAGAUGAUAUCCCUAAGUCUCCACCUAGCUCCCCCAAUUCCUCUACUCGCAAGGCUUGCUAUGCUGUUCUUCAGAGUUGGGUUUCGAAGAAGUUCAUGACUGGAUGUGUGGUUCUCUUUCCUGUAGCUGUUACCUUUUUAGUUACUUGGUGUUUUAUCCAGUUUGUUGAUGGUUUCUUCAGCCCAAUUUAUGCUAAACUUGGCAUUGACAUAUUUGGACUUGGGUUUGUUACUUCACUGCUUUUUAUAUUCUUUGUUGGAAUAUUUGCUUCAUCAUGGAUGGGUGCCACAGUUUUCUGGCUUGGAGAAUGGUUUAUUAAGCGAAUGCCAUUUAUGAAGCACAUAUACUCAGCCUCCAAACAAAUUAGUGCUGCUAUUUCUCCAGACCAAAAUACUACUGCUUUUAAAGAGGUUGCAAUUAUUCGUCAUCCUCGCCAUGGGGAAUAUGCAUUUGGUUUCAUCACAUCUUCUGUUGUCCUUCAGAGAGAAGAUGGAGAUGAAGAGUUAUGCAGCGUUUAUGUUCCAACAAACCAUUUAUACAUUGGUGACAUAUUUCUGGUCAAUUCUGAUGAGAUCAUAAGACCAAACUUGUCUAUUCGGGAAGGCAUAGAGAUCAUUGUUUCAGUUGGGAUGACAAUGCCACAAUUGAUAUCUUCUAUAGAAAGGAUUCCUCAUCAGAGCAAUAGGAUCCCUCUUAGCAGAAUUAUAUGAAGGAAUGGUUGACAAUCCUAAAGGUGACAAAGAAAGUCACAUUGUGUUUUCCUUGGCCAGAUCUAUUUUUUUAGAGAUUUAGUUGGUCAGAGAAUACAGCGCACAUAUGGAAAGGUGAAACCAUGUAAACUCGGUAUGACAACACAUGUAUAUUUCAUCUUAUCGAUUUGCUAGUGUAAGAAAGUGCUGGGUACCCCAGUUUGACUCUGGAUAAAGGCAGUCAUAUUCAUAGAAUGUGCCAAAUAUCCACUUCUAUUCUGUACAAAGGUCACAAGAAAUGCCACACACUUCUUUUAUUUUGCAUAAA